GCAGGCAGGGAUGCGGCGGGAAAUGGGCGUUGCGCGCGCCAGGAAGCCCUGAACGUGCUCUUCUGAGCCCCAGUUGAAGAAACGCCAGCCUCUCACCCUCCAGGAUUUCUGCAAAAGUCUGCAGUCGAGGAGAGAAGUCCUAAAAGAAAAAAAUGACCCAAACAGCAGCCGCACCACCUGAGCCGCUACAGCCGCUCUCUCAGGACUACGCUAUGGCUGAGCCCGGGCACCGCCGCUGUCUCUCCGCCCGGGGCAGGGGGAAGGUUGAGAGGCGCGCACUCCGGCUUCUGCGGCUGCUGCUCUGGGCUGGGACCGCCUUCCAGGUGACCCAGGGAACCGGACCGGAGCUUCACGCCUGCAAAGAGUCCGAGUACCACUAUGAGUACACCGCGUGUGACAGCACGGGUUCCAGGUGGAGGGUCGCCGUGCCGCACACCCCGGGCCUGUGCACCAGCCUCCCCGACCCCGUCAAGGGCACCGAGUGCUCCUUCUCCUGCAAUGCCGGCGAGUUCCUGGAUAUGAAGGACCAGUCCUGUAAGCCAUGUGCCGAGGGCCGCUACUCCCUGGGCACGGGCAUCCGCUUCGACGAGUGGGAUGAGCUGCCCCACGGCUUUGCCAGCCUCUCCGCCAACAUGGAGAUCGAUGACAGCAUCAACGAGUCCACUGAGAACUGCACUUUGUCAAAGUGGGUUCCCAGGGGCGACUAUAUCGCCUCCAACACGGACGAGUGCACAGCCACGCUGAUGUACGCUGUCAACCUGAAGCAGUCCGGCACCGUCAAUUUCGAAUACUACUACCCAGACUCCAGCAUCAUCUUUGAGUUUUUCGUUCAGAACGACCAGUGCCAGCCCAACGCCGAUGACUCCAGGUGGAUGAAAACCACCGAGAAAGGAUGGGAAUUCCACAGCGUGGAGCUAAAUCGAGGCAAUAACGUCCUCUAUUGGAGAACCACGGCCUUCUCAGUGUGGUCGAAGGUUUCCAAGCCUGUGCUGGUGAGAAACAUCGCCAUCACAGGGGUGGCCUACACAUCCGAGUGCUUCCCCUGCAAACCCGGCACCUACGCCGACAAGCAGGGCUCCUCCUUCUGCAAACUUUGCCCGGCCAACUCGUACUCCAAUAAAGGGGAAACCUCCUGCCACCCGUGUGACCCUGACAAAUACGCAGAGAAAGGAUCCUCCUCCUGCAAAGUGCGCCCGGCCUGCACAGACAAGGAUUAUUUCUACACACACACCGCCUGUGAUGCCAACGGAGAGACGCAGCUCAUGUACAAAUGGGCCAAGCCGAAGAUCUGCAGUGAGGACCUCGAGGGCGCGGUGAAGCUGCCCGCAUCCGGCGUGAAGACCCGCUGUCCCCCCUGCAACCCAGGCUUCUUCAAAACCAGCAACAGCACCUGCGAGCCCUGCCCCUACGGCUCCUACUCCAACGGCUCCGAUUGUACCCACUGCCCAGCGGGGACGGAGCCUGCCAUGGGGUUUGAAUACAAGUGGUGGAAUACGCUGCCCACCAACAUGGAAACGACUGUGCUCAGUGGGAUCAACUUCGAGUACAAGGGCAUGACAGGUUGGGAGGUGGCUGGCGAUCACAUUUAUACAGCCGUUGGCGCCUCGGACAACGACUUCAUGAUCCUCACUCUGGUUGUGCCAGGAUUUAGACCGCCUCAGUCGGUGAUGGAAGACACAGAGAACAAAGAGGUGGCCAGGAUCACGUUCGUCUUUGAGACCAUCUGUUCCGUGAACUGUGAGCUCUACUUCAUGGUGGGCAUGAAUUCCAGGACCAACACCCCCGUGGAGACGUGGAAAGGUUCCAAAGGCAAGCAGUCCUACACCUACACCAUCGAGGAGAACGCCACCGUGAGCUUCACCUGGGCCUUCCAGAGGACCACCCUUCACGAGACAGGCAGAAGGUACACCAACGACGUUGCCAAGAUCUACUCCAUCAAUGUCACCAACGUCAUGGAUGGCGUGGCCUCCUACUGCCGUCCCUGCGCGCUAGAAGCUUCUGACAUGGGCUCCUCCUGCACCUCUUGUCCUGCCGGUUACUACAUCGACCGAAACUCGGGGACGUGCCACUCGUGCCCCCCUAACACAAUCCUGAAAGCACAUCAGCCUUACGGUGCCCAGGCCUGCGUUCCUUGUGGUCCAGGGACCAAGAGCAACAAGAUUCACUCUCUCUGCUACAACGACUGCACCUUCUCCCGCCAUGUUCCCUCGAGGACUUUGGACUACAAUUUCUCAGCUUUGGCAGACAUCAAAACUCUGGCUGGAGGGCCAAGCUUCACUUCCAAGGGGCUGAAAUAUUUCCACCACUUCACCGUCAGUCUCUGUGGAAACCAGGGUAAGAAAAUGUCCGUGUGCACUGACAACGUCACCGACAUCCGGAUUCCCGAGGGCGAGUCCGGAUUCUCCAAAUCCAUCUCAGCCUACGUCUGCCAGGCAGUCAUCAUCCCCCCAGAGGUGACGGGCUACAAGGCCGGGGUGUCCUCGCAGCCUGUUAGCCUGGCUGAUCGACUAAUUGGAGUGUCAACAGAUUUGACUCUGGAUGGGAUCACCUCCCCUGCUGAACUCUUCCACCCAGAGACCUCAGGAAUACCAGAUGUGAUCUUCUUUUAUAGGUCCAAUGAUGUGACCCAGUCCUGCAACUCUGGGCGCGCGACCACCAUCCGCGUCAGGUGCAGUCCGCUGAAGCCUGCCCCAGGAGUUCUGUCGCUGCCAAACUCGUGCUCCGAGGGGACCUGCGACGGCUGUAACUUCCACUUCCUGUGGGAGAGCGCGGCCGCUUGCCCGCUCUGCUCGGCCGCUGACUACCACGCUUUCGUCAGCAGCUGUGUGGCUGGGAUCCAGAAGACUACUUACGUGUGGCGAGAGCCAAGGGUCUGCGCCGGGGGCAUCUCUCUGCCCGAGCAGAGAGUGACCAUCUGCAAAACCAUCGACUUCUGGCUGAAAGUGGGCAUUUCCGCGGGCACCUGUACUGCCAUCCUGCUCACAGUCCUGACUUGCUACUUCUGGAAGAAGAAUCAAAAACUGGAAUACAAGUACUCCAAGCUGGUGAUGAACGCCACCCUCAAGGACUGUGACCUGCCCGCAGCUGACAGCUGUGCCAUCAUGGAAGGGGAGGACGUGGAAGACGACCUCAUCUUUACCAGCAAGAAGUCCCUCUUUGGGAAGAUCAAAUCAUUUACCUCCAAGAGAACUCCUGACGGGUUUGACUCGGUGCCACUGAAGACGUCGUCAGGGGGCCCGGACAUGGACCUGUGAGAGGCACCGCCUGCCACACCGGCCCCCUCACCUUGGCACAUCCCCUUCAGAGGCCAUGGCGAUUUGGGUGCCGGCGUCCUGCGAUCAGUGCCCGCUGCUGGAGAUCUCUUCAUUGUGGCCUUAACAGAAGAAGUUCGAAUUUCAGAGCUUUGGGUUUUUAUUUUUUGUUUUUUUUUUUUUUAUAGAAUACCUAAACCCUCCUUUCUGCUUGUCUCGAACCUGCCAAAUACACCCACACGUUGUUUAUAUA